UAUGACUUAUGACAUAUUUUCUCAUGUGUUGUUUUUUCUCUUGUCUUAUUUAUGUUCUAAGGUAACAAAAUAAAUGGAGUUGGAUAAAAAGUUAUAUUCUAUUCAAGAACUAUCGAAAUCUAUCCUUUCAAAAAUAUUCGGCCUCAAUGUUAACUCUAAAUAUUUGAUUUUGGAGCCAACUAUAAUUAAACCUUUGGAAAAAAUAUGCGGAGUUAAAUGGCUAAGAUCUAAUGGAAUAGAAAAGAUUUUCAAAUUGGACGACAACCCUCCAUUGUUUGAUUCUAAAGCAGUUUACUACAUAAUUUAUUCAAAAUUUUCUGCAUUCAAAUGUGCAAUCAAUCAAAUUCGCUCAUCGGUUGACAUUGAUAAUCCUCCCAUUAACAAGUUUCAUGUGUUGGUAAUGCCACAAAGUACCUAUAUUUUUGAAAAAGAAUUGGAAGAAUAUGGUCUCUCGCAUUCAAACAGAGAUUGCGUUGUUAGAUUACAUUCUUUUCAAUGGUUGCCGAUCCAUACAGAUUGUGGGAUUCUGAGCCUAGAGUGUCCUUUAGCUUUUAGCUCUAUGUUUAUAAGUCAAAAUAUGAAUUAUCUUCCCAUGUUUUCAAAAUGUCUAUGGCAAUUACUAUUAGUUUUGGGAAAAGCCAACUUUGUCAUAGCAUUAGGUCAGUAUUCAAAUAUUAUUUUAUCUCAGUUUGACCAGUUGUGUGAAGAUAAGGGAUUCAGUGAUAAAAUGGACUCUGAAGUCGGGGGAUUGAUUAUUUUAGAUAGAAAUAUAGAUUAUCCUAGUGCCUUAUUGACUCCAGGUAUAUACUCUGCUCUAUUAAAAGAGAUAUACAAUGUUAGGGCUGGGCACUGUGAACAUAAGGAGAAUGAAAAUGAACUGAAGAUUGAUGAUCAUUUCAAUCCUGUAAUGAGAAAAGGUCCAGUUCUAAUUAAUAUGGAUACUGAACAGGACCCUGUAUAUGCCAUGACAAAGAAUAAAUAUUUCACCGAGGUUACAUCGGUGUUAAGUAAUUUAACCAAGGAAUUGAAAAUGGAGAAACUCAACUCUAAAGAUAUGUCUAUCGAUGAGAUAAAAAAGUAUGUACAAAAUCAACUGGGCCCAACAAAUUCUAGAAAAAAAAUUAUUUCCAAUCACUUGAUUGCGGCAGAAACUAUAAUUAAUUGCUUAGGUUGGAAAUUUGAGAAUCUCUGCGACUGUGAAUUCAAUAUCAUAAACAAUAUUUCAAAAUCCAGUAAUUUCAGUUUCUUAAUGGAAUCUACUUCCAUAGAGAAUAACAAAUUACUGUCAUUAAGGCUCUUCUGUUUAAUAUUAAUUACACAAAAUCUAACUGAAAGCGAAAUCAGCUCUUUUUGGGAGAAAUUUUUGCAUAAUUUUGGAUUUAAAUACUCUUACGUUAUACAAAACUUGAUAAAUGCAGGUAUUAUUACCGACUGCAGAUCCUCCAUUGCUGGAAAUUUAUUUCCUAGUUUGUGGCUACCUCGUAUGGUUACAAGUCAAUUUUACUUGUUUGCCAAUCGUCUGAAACAGAUACCACCUAAUAAAAAUAAAUUGGAUUUCAAGUAUCCGACUUGCCCCAGUUACGUAUUUCGAGGCACAUACAUACCCUUAGUGGCUCAAAUAGCUAAUUUCAUACUGAACUCUACACCACUAGAGGAAAUCAGAACUAAGUUGGAUGGAUUGGGUAAUUUAACAAUAAGGAACGAAAGGAGAUAUCCAUUACAAACUAGAACUUUGUUGGUUUACGUUAUUGGUGGUGUUACUUACGCAGAAAUCGGAGCAUUGAAUUUCGUAGAAGCCUUAACAGGAGCUAAGAUUAUAGUUCUCAGUGAUCAAGUUAUAAGCGGUAAUGACCUUAUGUUUGAUUUACUUGAGAAUCAAAAAUGAAAUUCCAAACAUGAAUGUCAUCACAAGAUUCUAUAGGUAGGAAGGGUGGAUAUUGCAGAAUGAACAUGAGAAUUAUGAACGGAAAAAGCCACAUGAAAAUCUCAAAGCUUCAAUAGAAAAAGAGAUCGAAAAUAUAAUUGAAUUUAACAACCGUGAUCAAAAAAUACAUUUAUUUAUAAUUAUAAACUGUGACCUAAUGGUUGUCAUAAUCUUGUAAAAAAUGAAGAUGUGAUGUUACAAUUAUUGAAAGCAAAUUAUUAGUGUUAAAAAUAGAAAACAAAAUAAAUAUGUAUUCAUCAAAUUGGGUGUUCAAUUCAAUAAAAUACGAUACAAAAGCUCAACAAGAUGGAUCUUAAUACAAUAAUAAAUGAUCCUGAAAAAACUAUAUUUCAAUAUAUACAGCAUUGAGAAAAUAAAUAUAGGUUUAUAUCUAAAACAAAGGUUAAAUUAUUAACAAGGCAAAGUAGCGAUGAAUGUAAAAAUUCACAAGGUUUUAUUAAUUUUUAUAAAGUAAGAUUAAACUUGUAUACAAAUGAAUGGAGCAAUAGUCUACCAAACUAACAGAAUCAUAACAGUUGUUUUAUCAAACAAGACCUCAAAAAGAUAGCCGCGAAAUAUGUCAACAAAUAAAUUAAAAUUACAAUUAUUGUUAAUAAUAAAUACUUUCAACAAGCUAUGACUAGUUUUUAGAAAUUCAACUUGUUCCGCCUGAAAACUCAUCAGAAUAAUGUACAAAAUAUCACUUUUGUUUCACUGGUUCA